UUUGGAAUAGAAAAUUCUUCCAAAAUGCAAGACUUGAUAAGGAUGCUGUAAAGCUAACUGGAGAAAUUAAUGCACUAAAGAUUGAGGAUGUGAAGCUUGAGACACUAGUAACUGAAGAAAUAUAUGUUCAAAGGGAAAAUGCUCCCACGAGAGAUUUUAUGCCGCUGUGGAGACAUGUCGAAAAAAUCCUUGAGUACUUAGAAAAUGCAAGUACUAAGAGAAUUGGAAUUUAUGGAGAAGCUCAAGUGGGAAAAUCAACUGUGCUUAAAAUGUUAAAUAAUUGCUUUUAUCCAACAUUAUCAUCAAUUAGCUUGACGUAUGAUGCAGUCAUUUGGGUGGACUUCCCAUCAAAGGAUUCUGAGGAUGCCAAGAAAAAUAUGCAGCUACAGAUUCUGAGAAGCAUUUAUGGAAAAGAAGAGCAAAGUUCAAGGCAUAAUGCUACUAGAAUUAAUGAAGCAUUGGAAAAUGCCAAGUACUUGUUAAUUUUGGAUGACGUUUAUGAAAAAGUAGACUUGGCAGGUUUAGGAAUUCAUGACGACCAUAAAUUUGGUCAAGUUGUUAUCGGAGCUACUGGAAAAGGUGUAUUGAAUCUCAUGAAAGUACAUGAAAGCAUUUUGAUAGAGAAACUAGAAUGUCAUGAUGCGGAGGAGUUUUUUAAGGAAUGUUUAGGUCUUGAGUCUGGUGUCGACCUAUCGUUGGUACAACCCUAUAUGAAAAAAAUUAUUGAACUCACUGGUGGGCAUAUAGGGGCACUUGUUGGAAUUGCAAACUUUAUGAAAGGGUUGGGAACUUAUAAGACGAACUUAAGUGUUUGGAGUGCUGUAGUACUUAAUUUACAAUUGCCAAAUUCACCUCAAAAGCUUGAACUAGGAGCGCUGGAGAAAGCAUACAAGUUAUCCUACGAUGCAUUGAAGGAUGAUGAUAUGAAGAAGUGUUUACUGUAUGUUGCUCUAUUUCCAGUUGGAUAUAGAGCCCACACGAGCUACCUCGUAGAAUGUUGGAAGGCUGAGGAUUUUUUGCAAGAUUACAACACGUUUAAGGAAGCACGUGCUAUCGGAUAUACUAUAUGUUGUAAGCUCACAGAAACACACUUAUUAGAAUGGUCUGGUGAGGAGCAUUUGAAAAUGCCAUUAAUCUUCAGAAAGGUUGCGUUGCAAAUACAAUAUCCUGGUGAUGUAGGAGAGAACAAAAUAUUGGUGCGAAAUAUUUUGGAAAGAGGUAACCACCCUUCUGAGCAAGAUUGGAAUACUGCUAAAAGAAUAUCACUGAUGUGCGGUGAACUAGAUUCGGAUUUCUUGCCCAAUUGUCCAAUGUAUAGUAACAAGUUGACAUUAUUGUUGCAGAAAAACCCGAAAUUGAGAGAUAUUGGGGAUCAAUUCUUCAUUAACAUGGGUAAUCUUCGAGUUUUGGACUUGCAGCGUACAGGAAUAAUUGGUCUGCCAAAAUCAAUCUCAGCGUUGGGGCAUUUGAAAUGUCUAUACUUGAAUGAUUGUUCCAGUUUGGGAAGGUUACCAACUGAAAUGGAGAAGCUCAAUCAACUAGAAUUGCUUGAUAUUCGUCGUACUUUGAUGCGCUGCUUGCCCCGUGAGAUCUGGUACUUAAAAACAUUAAGGUGCUUGCGUAUUUCAGUUUGUGAUAGUCUACACUCCAAAAAAAUUAUGAUGGUUUCCCAACCAUCAUGCUUCUCUCGGGAAUUUUUUCUGAAGCUUAAAUUUCUUGAGGAGUUGACUAUUGAUGUAGAUCCCCUAACACCAGAUAAGAGAUUGAUUGUUGAUCAAAUUCAAGAGGUUCUCAGGGAAGCUGUACACCAACAUUAUUUAAAUGUUACAUGGGAACCUAACGAGUUCAUUGCAUUAACUGCAAGUCAAUCCAAUCGCGAGGAGAUCACUACAAUCAAUAAUCUGAAGCAUGCAAAUCAGCUGGAGAUUACUGAGGCUUCUACAUCAACAACUAAUUCGCAGCAUACUGAAGGUACAAAAGAGUGGGUUCAGAAGAGAUUCCAUGACAACUGAAAGAAGUAUCACCUGUUAUCUUCUUUGGCAGAGGUUCUCAUAUUAUUUGUUGGUUACUGUUUUUCUCUCUAAUAUUUUGAUCAUGACUUUUUUGCUGCUUUAUUUUCUUUUUUGAAGUGUUUUAUCUGAGCGAGGGUCUAUUGGAGACCGUCUCUCUAAUUUCACAAGGAAGGGAUAAGGUUUGCAUACACACCGGCCACAUCCUCCGCUUCCCAGACUCCAUUUGUAUGAUUACAUUGGAUAUAUUAUUGUUGUUGAAUCCUGAUGUGCUACACUAAAACGAUUGCAAAGAGUUCAAAAAUAUGCUUUCAAUAUUAUGAAUCAAACCCAAUCCAAUAUGAAUACCACAUGACAAAACAGCAUGAAUUCCAGCAUAUGUCAAUUUCAAAAUCAUGCCAUUCUCACCAA